AUGAACCAAAAUAAUAAAAAUUUAAAAAAAUCAAGCUCGGUUAAACCAAGCUCUUCUGGAACGACUAGUUCCAAGGUACCUACCGCAACUUCUAGCGGUAAUAACAGGGUACCUCCUAACAAACCAGAAAUCUCCACGCGUUCUGGCCCCUCCGCAUGGUCGGGCUCUCCAUCCAGGAGAAUUUAUAAAGAACGGCGAGGGGCGACUAGGCUGCUCGAGAGAUAUGGCAAUGUCUCGGUUACGUCCGAGUCUCUUAAGGCUAGAUUAGCCUGGGCCAAACGGGUCCUUGAUACUUCUAAGGAAGUCAAAAAGGAACCUGUACCGAAGCGCCAGCGCUCAUUAGAUGAGUCAGCUUCGAAGCCAGAUGCCAAAAAGGCAAAAUUGCGUGGCAACGCCACCACCACUAAGUCCUUUAGCGACACGCUGAAGGGCUCCAUCAUAAUGGCGGUCAUUGAUGAAAAUGAUCCAGAUGGCACUAUUAAUCCUGAAAAAUGGGAUCAAAUUGAGCGAAAGCUCCUUGACUUGUUCGUCGAAGUUCUUAAGGAAUUUCCAGGUACAAUUCCCAAAUGUCGCGACGGUGGAUGGUUUCAGGGCCAUGUGAAACUAGUCGCCUGCGUUGAUCAGCGUUCUGUUGAUCUCUUUCGCAUUGCCAUCUCCAGAAUGGGUGAGGUCUGGCCAGGCGCAAAGCUUAAAGUCGUUGCCAAGGAACAAAUUCCUGGCCGACCUAGGGCGCGUUCCUGGAUUCCAGCCGAACCAUCCGACCCUCAGCGGAUUCUGGAGCUAAUUCGGGUGGGAAACCCUGAUCUAAAUACGUCCACGUGGAAGGUCACUAAGCUGAAAGAAGCCAAAGGCAAGUUUAGGUCGGUCAGUUUUGUGAUCGACAAAGCCUCUCUGGCCAUUUUGGCGCGAUCUGGUGGCGUAUUAAAUUACGGUUUUUUCCCCAUAACUAUGAGGGUCUACAAAAAAGAUGAGGAGCAAUCCUCGUCUGAUGUACGGGAAUCAGCGGCAAUUUCUCAACACACUGCUGAUCCCUUAUCGAAGUGGGCAAUAUUAAGCCUGCUUCCAUGA